AUGGCUCUCAAUCGCGGCUUCAUGGCCACGUUGGUAUCCUUUCUUGUCCUCACUAUCGCAAACUUGGGAGUGGCCAAGGCCGUAACCAGGGGUGUCUUUGCCCACUACAUGGUCGGAAACGUGUAUGAAGACCAUGCUCACCAAGACAUCAAAGAUGCUUCGGCCAUGGGCCUUGACGGAUUCGCCCUGAACAUUGGCGACCCCUCUCAAUCUUUCGUACGCCAGACGCUGAACUACAUGUUCGACUACGCCCGCGACAACUACCCCGACUUCAAACUCUUCAUCAGCAUGGAUCUGUGGGCCGCCGGCUCCGCUAAGAAGGGCUUAGAUGACUUCGACGGUCUUCUCAGGGACUAUAUGGGUCAUGGCGCUUACUACAAAGGCCCAAAUGGGUAUCCCUUUGUUAGCACCUUUGCCGACGGAGGUCUCCAUAACACGACAUGGAUGGAUUGGCGGAACAAGUGGGCAAAUGAAAUUUACUUCGUCCCCGACUUUGACGGCACAGAGGGCUACUACCUAUCUGACCCCGCCUGGUGGGAGUACUGGGGAGACGUUGUCGACGGCAUCUUCAGCUGGGAAUCCACUUGGCCUCUACGAGGCAGCACUCAGACAUCUUACUGGAAAAACGAAUCAUGGGUUAGGGAAGGCGCCUUCUCGCACGAAAAGGCAUACAUGAUGGGCUUGAGCAUGCUGCAAUACAAGAACUCGUACGAGACGAAUCUAUACCGGGCUGGCGAGGACAACCUCUCCUGGAGACUUUUCAACCUUCAGCAAAUGUCCCCGGCGCCGGAGUAUAUUGAGAUCCUUACAUGGAAUGACGGUCCUGAAAGCCAUUACAUCGGCAACAUCUGGCCCGAGCAGAACAACGAAACUGCCCCCACCAGAUAUGCCACGCAGGCCAACUUCCCCCACGACGGUAUUCGCCCCUUGCUUGCCUCCUUUAUCAGCUCUUACAAGGCUGGAAAGGAAGUCAUGGAACCUCCGACUGGCUACGAUGCGGUUGGUGCGCUAUGGUAUAAGUCUAUCCAUUCGAGCACCGUGUGCCCCGAUACAGACGAUCUUACUAGCAAGAAACCGGAUGGCUACUCAGCCGCCUCCGAUGUCCUUACAUGGGCCGUCAUCGUCAGCUCAAUCGGAGGUCCCUACAGCAUUCGCGGCUUCAGUGGCGGGCAAGAAUUGCAGACGUUCUACCUGACGCCUGGCUACAACUUCGGCACCUUUUCGUCGCUGCAAGAAGGCGACCAGCGCAUGGAGCUCCUCGACGGCACCGGAAAGGUCAUCAUGGUGGCAUCAGGCGGCCGCUGCGUGACUUCUACCUGCCCGGACGGCAUCUACAACCUGAACCCGCAGAUCCUCGAGCUCACCAUGGACACGUCGGAGAAGACGUGCACCGAGCCUAUUACUGACAUAUAUCCUCCAAUAUCCACGACAGCAAAAUACGGAACGAGAUUGUUCGGUUUCACUGAUUGUUUACCGGGGUACAAGAAGGAUAUCGAACGGGCCUACGAUGACUUCCAUCGGUUGACUUCCCAGAAAGGCGUGGGCGAAAAUAUUGACUGGACUAGCGCCGCCGCGCUCGAAUUUUUGGCACCUCCCCUGGAGAACGAGGAUCAGCAAGCGCAGAUCCAAGAUGUAUUUGCCAAAGCCUCCACCAUCUACCCAGGGUUCUAUUUCAACCCGUGGCAGAAUUGGAUCAAGGUCCGCUGCGAUGACCCAUUCAAUAAAUGCCCCAUCAUCUGUAACCAGAAGGAUUAUGGCACGUUGAACGCCUAUGCGUCAAACAAUGACGUCGAUGAAAUUGACUACCCAAUGGUCAAUUUCUGUCCGCGAUUCUUCACUCUGCCCGGCUUGGACCAGGUCGUGGAAUCGGCCUCAGGGUUGACAAAGUACAAGUACAAUAUGGACAAAUAUGCGAACCAAGCGCACACCCUACUUCAUGAGUUCCUCCACCUCCACCUCGUCGCCGAUACAGAAAACAAUACACCAAACCCAGACAUCUAUGACUUGAAAAUCAAGUGGCGGGGAUACAAUAAGGACGCCGACAACCUUGCUUUCUUCGCUCUGGCGGAAUGGGUUCGUUCUAAGAAAGGAUACUAUCCAUACAUCCCUGUGAUAAGGAAGCAGGAGCUCACUCGGGAUCCAACGGUUCCUUCGGGAAGGGUCGCCUACGACACGCAGGACGGCGACCUUGUCAUUAGCAGCGAUGAGGAGAUCAGUCCCUUCGACCAGUGCUCCAGCUAUGCAGACCUCGCUGCAGACGGCACUGAAAUUACUCGCGAGAGCCUCAACCUGACCGCCUUGAUUGAUCUUAGCGCCUACCCGACUGCCUACCAGGAGGAGCUUGCUGAGUUUCUAGAGAUGUACGACGCUCUGGGGGAUGACGAAUGA